UUCUCUGCCUCCCAAGUCCCAGCUGAUUGGGAGGAAAUGAGGAUUUUGCAGUAUUCUUCCCCGGAGUGGGGUAGGAAUGGAGAUUUUACAGUAUCCUUCCCCUGCCAUGCCCACAAAGCCACACCCACAGAACCAGUAGUAAAAAAUUUUGAAAGCCACCAUUGGGCAGAUCCCAGAAGCCCCUCCACCCCUUCCCCCAACCCCUCCCAGACACCACAUACCUUCAGCAUUUCUUGCUCAGGCCAGGAGCACCAAAGGCAGCUUUGGGCAGCUUUUCAGGGAAAGAAUGAAGGGUGGUGGGGAGUGCAGUCACCAUUUGCAGAGCAGUUGUUGUUGACCAUAGAAACAGAGACAAAGGAGAAAUCAGCCCCAUUUUAAAAAUCAAGUCGUACAGAGCUGUUCUAAUGGGUUAUGUGGCUACUUAAUUUAUGUCUCUAUAGUAUGGAAGCUAGCUAAUUACAUUAUGUAUGUAAGUUAUGGUUAAGGCAAUCAGAGGUGUUAAUAAUAGAGUCAAAAGGAUCGUACGUCUUUUAGUCCAGGGGUCCCCAACCCCUGGUCCAUGGACUGGCACCAGUCUGCAGCAUGGCAGCAGCUGGGCUGUGCAAACACGCAAAGCCCCACCCACAGGUGCAGGCCCCCUCCAGUCUGCCGAAAAACCUUUCUCCCUGGAACCGGCCUCUGGUGCCCAAAGGGGGAUUGUUCUAGUCCAAUCCUCUGCUUAGGUUGGGAAUCCUCAGACCAUCCCGGAAAAAAAUGUCUGUCCCAUUGUUUCUUGAAAACCUCGGUGAUGGAGCACACACAUCUUCAGGAGGCAAACUAUUUCACUACCUCACAGCUUUAUAGGUAAAAUGUGCAAACCUAACCGCUGUUAGCCAACUUCCAGUACUAGCAAGGGGUAGUUUGAUGCUGUUCUUUUCAGGGCUGCUCUUUCAGACUCUGUCCCUCAUAGACACUGAAGUUGCAGGUGGGCCAGGGGUGGUGGUGAGAAUCACCGCAUUGCAAACACAUGAGGACAGAGCUUGGUGCACUGUCAUGCCUUUCAUCAUUUGGAACCAUGGUGAUCAGGGCUGAACCCAUACACACUUUCUUGGCACGUUCAUACAAUACAUUUAGCUGGUUACCAAAUGCACCCAUUUUUAUUUUACUUUAUGGAGUUUGCAGAAUACCCACGCAAGGCCCUAGGUAACAAAACAAAGCUAAAGCUGCGAACCAAAAUUCUUCAUUCUGUUAGUUAUUUGACCUGGUUCAGCCCACUGUGGGAACACAGCUCAUCUUGUUCAAAAGCCUGUCAGGGAACAUCAUCUUCUUUUCCUUCCAGACCACCCACUUCAGAUCCCUUGAAGGAUCUGACAGAAGGGGACCAGCAACUGAUCCGAGAUAUUUGGGGAAAGGUGUUUGACAAUGCUGAAGAAAAUGGCAGACUUGUUAUCAUCAGGUUCUUCAAAGAAUCCCCAGAGAGUAAGCAGUAUUUCAAGAACAUUCCAAAUGAAGGAGACCUGAUGAUGAUCCCAGAGGUGGGCUUCCAUGGCCGGAGGAUCAUGGUGACCCUGAACCAGCUGAUUGAAAGCAUGUGUCACUGGAAGCAAGCCUGCAAGCUCAUUGAGCGGCUGGUGGAAAGCCACAAGAACAUACACAAGGUCCCAUUAAGCAUGUUCCAGUUCCUAUUUCAGGCCAUUCUCUCUGUCUUCCAAGAUCUCCUCAAAGAAGAGUUUACUGAUGAUGCCCAGUUAGCCUGGGAGAAGUUCUUUUUGAUUCUUCGAGAAGAAAUUGAAGCUGCUUAUGCACAAGAACAGAAGCUUUAAAUAAGCCCUGACUGACAUUAAGCAAUUGGGGAGCGGGCCCCCACCUCAUUGUGCUCAUAUUGGAGGAAAUAAAAUAAAAAAUAAAUGAAAUAAAAUAUAAAUAGAAUGAAAUGAAAUGAGUCCUUAAAUAAAGUGCUGGUUAUUUCUUC